AUGGCAUUAAGCUGUCUUCCUCGCUUAAUAUGGGAGCAGAUAAUGAGCUCUCUUCCACCAGUGCAUAUUUAUGAAGCCCGCUGUAUCAUUGGAGAAGAUCUUAUAGAUCAGACAUUGGAAUUAAAAUCUGAAGUUAUUUCUGUUAUAGAACUAGCCAACAAUAACGAUUCUUUUCUACCAACCUCUCUAGAUUCUUCAAGUUGCUCAACUGACGUGGAGUAUUUCUCUUUCCUUUAUUUAAAUGCCAUCGAAAAAUCGAAACAGGAUAAUCUUAAUCAAGCAUUUGAUGGUUUGAAAGAAGAAUCUGAACUUGAAUAUUACACUCAAAAAAUGAGAAAUGCUAUACUUGCAGAAAUCUCACAAUUGAAAACUUACUUACAAAAUAUUCAGAAUUCUCUUUUGGAAAACUUCAGUACAAUAAAUCAUGAACAAGAAAAUAUCAAUCAAACCAUUCAAGUAGAUUCAAUAUCAUCCAAACCAAGAACAAUUCAUAACAAUUCAAUAACUAACCAGAAAAUGUCUUGCGGCUUAGAGUUCCUUCUUAGUCAAAAUUCAAUUAAUGGGUUACCUAACGAUUCCAAUGUUCCUUGUUCAUCACUUUCAUUGUCAACUCGAUCAUCCAGUGAUACUUCCUCUUCUUCAUCUUCAUCCAAUAAACCUAAGAGAAAAACAAUUCAUGAUUCGUUUUCUCUUCAUCAGAAUUCGAAUCACUGUACACAAAUGCAAAUGUUGUCUUUAGAAAAUAACAAAACUAUUACAAAUAGUAUUUAUGUCCAACGAAAAUCAAUAACUACUUACAAAUCAUCCAUCUCAGAAACAACACAAUUAAAAAAUGAUACAAAUCAAAAAUUUGAUAAACAAAUUCAUUUACCUGUUAUUUCUAAUUCAUUAACAUCUAAUUCAUUUAAACAAUUAAAACAACAAUCAUAUUUAAUCAAUAAAUCUCAAUCAACCAAUCAAAUUUUAUAUGAAUCAGAUCCAAAUAAAUUAUGUAAUAUAAAACAAAUAUAUUCUAAUUAUAAUCGUUAUAAUUCAGCACAAAAAUUUCGACAAAUGAUAUUAAAAGCACGUCAAGAAAGUGGAAAUUAUUAAAAAUCAAUUAUAUUAUUGAUUGUUUUUUAAUUAUUAUUUUGAUUAUAUUAAAUCGAUAAUAUUGAUUUAUUAAAUAAAAUAAAUUUGUAAAUAUUUUUAAAAUAUUUUAAAUAAAAUAUUGGGAAAUAUUUGAUUGUAUUCAUUUUGAUUUCAUUUUUUGUUUAAGUAUAUUCCACUAAAAAAGUUGUUUAUUAACAUGAAAUCUACAUAUAGGGUUUGAUCCAAAAAAUCAUUUAUAAUCAAUCAACAUUACUCAUAUUAUGUUUGUGUUUAAACAUAAUUUGCAAAAAAAAAAAUGGAUUGAAUUUAAUUACAUAAUCACUGGAAAUUAAGGAGACAUGGAUGGGAAUCAUCAUAUAAACUUAGUAACAGUGAAUAUUCAUAAGUCGAACAGGAAUGAAAUAUAGGAUCUUGAGGUGUGCAAGUUAAUGUUUUAUCAUUAGAACAUUGAAUCGG